AUGACGGACAAACUUCCUCCAGAUCUCCUCCAGCUCUUCCAACCUCGACCUCCUGUUCGCUACCUGCAGCCUCUCGACAAUUCACCGGAAGAGAGAGGGACCAAGGGAUCAGAGCUCUCAGGCAUCGCUGCCUUCCUGGGCGACCUUCAAGAGCACAAGGAAAACGAUAAUUAUGUACCCACUGAAUCAUGGCUGCAGAAACGCGACCGCAAACGCUUGGAGAAGCAGCAGCGAGCAGCCGAAAUGCAGAAGGAGGAUUUCCAGGGCUUCAAACCUUCCGAUGAUCCCAAGAUCAAGGGCGAUGCACUAAAGACUCUGUUUGUCGGCAGGCUAAGCUAUGAUGUGAAAGAGCAAGAUCUGGAACGAGAGUUUGGCAGAUUUGGCCCUGUUGAGAGAAUACGAAUUGUCAAAGAUGAGACUUCACCUAAGUCUAAGAAACCCCACCGUGGCUAUGCGUUCAUUGUUUAUGAACGAGAGCGCGACAUGAAAGCCGCAUAUAAGGAUACAGAUGGCAUCAAGAUCAAGGAUCGCAAAGUUGUCGUCGAUGUCGAGAGAGGUCGUAUGGUGCCUGGCUGGCGUCCACGCAGGUUUGGCGGUGGCCUUGGUGGACGUGGCUACACAAGACUUCCCCCUCCACGACCUACUUUCGGCGGAGGGCCUGGCGGCUAUGGCGGCGGCGGCGGGUUCAGGGGCGGAUUCGGUGGACGAGGAGGGGGUUUCCGAGGAGGCUUCCGUGGCGAUAGGGGCGGCUAUGGCGGUGGUCGAGGAGGUAUUGGCUACCAAGAACGCGGUGGUUUCGCCAAUCGAGCUCCUCCUCCCCCUAACGCUCCCAGUGGGCCUGGUGGUCGCUCCGGCGGCUACGGUGGCGGUGGUGGGUAUGACGACCGACGCAAUGGCUAUGGUGACCGCGACCGCAAUGACCGCAGUGGCAGUGGGUAUGGCCGCGACCGCGACCGUGGCGGCAUUACUGGUAGCAAUCGUGAGCCUGUUGGAAGCCGAGAUCGUGGUUACGAAGACCGAGACCGACGCCGUGACGAUUACGACAGCGGGUCAAGGAAGCGACAUCAUGAGAACGACUACGACGACCCACGGCAACGACGCAGGUACUGA